UUACCGGCGACGAGUCCGAAACCGGACCCAUCUAUCAGUGUCAAAGUCAAACAGGACUAGCAGAGGAGAGCCUCAAAACCAGAGGGCACCCGCGACGCCAACGCCACUGACCAACCCCUGACCAACGAGCCAAAACUUGUUUGUUCGGUCGGCGCACGCGCUGCCGCUGCCGCUGCCGCUGCCGAGAGACGCGCGCACACCAUGGCCAUGGAGGAGGGAUCAGGAGCAGUAGAGAACGGACCGAUCGUGGGCACGGUGGCUGACGCCUCUGCCGCCGCCGCCGCCGCCAUCGGCGGCGACGGCAAAGGGAAGGAGGAGGCCGAGGGGAGACGGCCGGCUCCGGCCGCCUACGCUGCCGUCGUGAUCGGGGGCACCUUCGACCGGCUGCACCAGGGCCACCAUCUCUUCUUGAAGGCAGCAGCGGAGCUGGCGAGGGAGAGGAUUGUGAUCGGCGUCUGCGACGGACCUAUGCUCGCCAAGAAACAGUAUGCCUACCUGAUACAACCAAUCGAGAAGCGGAUGCAAAAUGUCAAGGAUUAUAUUAAGUCCAUAAAGCCUGACCUUGAUGUUCAUGUGGAGCCGAUCGUGGACCCUUACGGCCCUUCCAUCGUUGACGAAGGUCUUGAGGCCAUAAUUGUCAGCAAGGAGACAUUGCCAGGAGGACACGCUGUCAACAGGAAGAGAGCAGAGAGAGGGCUCACUCAGUUACAGAUCGAGGUGGUAGAGCUGGUACCAGAGAAAUCGACUGGAAAUAAGAUAAGCUCCACAGCAUUCAGAAAGAUGGAAGCAGAGAGGGAACUGCAGCAACAAGAAACCGCAAUAGGCAGUCACAGCAUUCAGAAAAUUGAAAGCAGCGAGGGAAUUGCAGCAACAGAAUAAGCAAAGAGACAUCAAGCGGCGGCAGUCACAUGGAGCAGAAUGAUGAGCUACGGUUUUGCAACAGUACUCUUGUUUAUUCAUGUGAAACUUGAGGUACAAAAGCCAAAAAUGUUCUGUUCUACUUAACAUAUAAAAGGCACGACGCUCUGCUCCAUCAUGUAAUGCUCAAUACAGAAAAGUUACAGUUCUUUUACAUAAUCUGACCAAGGAUAAUCUACCAUUGAGAAACUAAGAAACCCCCAGCACAGCUGAAGUGUUAUACUGAGACUCCAAGAGAGGCCAUCAAGCAAUACACCACCAGUCUUUGCAGCUUUCACCAUCCCACGCUCAUGAUUAGGCUUGUAAGAAAACGGCAGGGCAUGAUGUGGACCGUGGAAUCAA